UAAUUUUGUUUCUGUUAAUGUGAGUAGAUUACUCUGUAAUAGAUGCAUUUUUUUUUCUUUUAAAUCACAUCAGAUGCAGGUUCAGGUCUCAGGAGGUUAAAGAGUAUUUUCUUCCUCAUAAAACGAGAUAAAGAAUCGUUCGUGUUGCUCGGCUAAGUCCUCCUGAUUCCUGGUCAGAACCUUAAUGCAAACCAUUACCUGGUUCAGUAGAAACUUCUGUGUUCUUCACACAAUCUUGAUCUCUUAAAAAAAGGAGCUGCUUCCUCUUUCAGCCUCUGUUUAGGAAGCACCUGGUGAAACGCCCAGAGGGGGUGGGACGUAGACUCGGAGGGGGAUUUAUGAGGGUUCACACUCAAAUAAUUCAUUUCAGACACAUGAAACCACUAAAACGAUUUAAAAAAGGUCAGAGAGGAGGAGGUGAAGCCAGACGAUGAUGGGAGGUGAGGGGAGCGUGGUCAGCGGACCGGGACGGGACAGACUGAUGAACCCUGUCAUCACACGGGUACCGCCUGCAUGUAAAGCAGCAGGGAUCCUCCUGGGGGACAAGUCUACUGACACAAAUAAGAGAAGAGCGUCGGUGAACAGCAGCAGCAUGGGCAUGAAAAAUUCCCACCCUAAGCUUUUUCCCGGAGACAUUGUGGAAUAUCCCAGGAACAAAUACUUCUCCCACUUUGGCAUCUACUUUGGAGAGCGGGACGGCGUUCCCUACGUGGCUCACCUGACGUGUCGAGAUUCUGAUACACAGAUCCCUCUAUUUGGGAGAGCACUGAGGUCAGAGGUCAAACUGGAUCCUCUGGAGUUUCUGGGGGACAAUUUUAAGGUAAAAAACAUGCUGGAUGGGACACACGCCCCCCGGGACUUCCACACGGUGGUGAAGCCUGCCAUCGAAGACAUGAUAGGCCGGGAGGUGACAUUUGACAUCCUGUUUCACAACAGCGAGCACCAGGCCACACUCUUCAGAUACGGAGUAAAGAAGUCCCAACAGGUGAGGUGGGCGGGGCACAAAUACAUCCACACCUGGUUUACUCGGGUGUGUUUAAUAUGUGUAUGUGUGUUACAGAUCGAGAAAAUCUAUGAACACAUCCUGCCAGCCUGGAAGAAGCUGUUCGAAGAGAAGAAACUGUGACAGAUCCUGUGUUCAGAUUUCACCACUAGAGGGAGCUCUCAACUGAGAUUAGUCUCAAUGGUUCUUUGAUUUUUUUCUUCAAAGAUGUAAGUUUAUUUUUCUGCCUUGGUAUUUUCUUCUAACUCCAGCAUAGUCCUCGCCGGCUCAUCGUCACUUUUGACUAAAUGUUAAUAAACUCGAAAAUACAGAAAUAAUUCAGGAAUUUGUUUUAAAUUGCAGAAACAUUUAAAUACAUUUUAAUCCUUUGAAAUAGUCACUUAAUGCUAAACAUGACAAACUGGUGAGAUUUUAAGGAUAAUAAGUGAUCAGUCCUGUUAAUGUGGUUUUCUUAUAAAGUUGUCUGACAUAAAUUUUGUUGUGAAAUUUGUUGAUCGGAAUUUGAACCCCAAUCUUCCAGUCCCAGGGUGGACAAAGCAUUAAAACAUCAGAAAUGAUCA